AUGCAGGGGAGCAUCCUGUCUCAUCCUGUGGUUGUGUCAGGGGGUGUUGGCCUGUCCAUCGCUGUGGGAGAUGUCGUCCCUACUGAGGAAGGAGAUGCAGAGGAUUUGACCAAGACCAAAGAGGUGCAGCUGUGUGUGGUGAGAUCUCAGAAAUCACUCUAUUCUGGAUCAAACAAGUUGCUGAAUUCCCAGAAUUCUGGAUCAAAAAGAAGCUCAAGUCUCAGUUUGCCUGAGUUCUGCUUGGAGGACUCCUACCUGAGGACAGAAGUCUGGCUCCUCCAGGACCUCACCCUGCUGGACGGGCGGGAUCCCGACGUGGACGACCCGUGUUUCCUGAUGCACUUCUCCACUGUGAGGUCGGUGACGGCCUUCAGCUGCGGCGCCAAGUACAGCAUGGCGCGGGCCCUGGUUGCCCUGAGCGACAAGCACUGCGGGCGACCUUUGACUCUGGUGAACUAUGACCUGGCCUACAUCGGCCCGUCGUCUAUAUAUUUGAACAGAGGAGACUGUGUGGUGCUGAUGCAGAUAUGUUUCUACGCCGCUAACCUGGUGUGUCUGUCCUUGUGCCCCGUACCUCUGGACUGAGAGAGAUGUUUCUAUUUAUUAUGGAUCCUCAAGACAGCAGUUACUCCUCCUGGGGUCCGGCAAA